AUGAUGGAAGCGCAGAAGACCUACGGCCGGGGUAAAUCCAUCCACACCCACAGUGUCAGGGACAAGAAACUGCGCAGCAACCUCAAAGCCGUCGAAGACAAGUACAAGGAAGCAGCCCUCAAGGCCAAGGAUGCGGAGAUUUUGCUCGAGCACGAUGCCGGUUUCCUCGAGCCGGAAGCAGAGCUGGAAAGGACAUACAAGGUUCGACAGGCUGAUAUUCGCGAGAACGUCAGCCUCGAGACGGCCAAGAAGGGAUUCGAGCUGAAGUUGACCGAAAUGGGACCCUACCGAGCGGACUACACGAGAAACGGUCGCGAAUUGCUGCUGGCGGGACGGAAAGGGCAUGUUGCGACGAUGGACUGGCGGAAUGGAAAACUGGGAUGCGAGUUGCAGUUGAACGAGACAGUGCGCGAUGCCCGGUGGCUGCACAACAACCAGUACUUUGCGGUGGCGCAAAAGAAAUCCGUCUACAUCUACGACCACAGCGGUGUCGAACUGCACUGUCUCAACAAGCAUCUUGAGCCUCUUUUCCUCGAAUUCCUGCCAUAUCACUUCCUCCUUGCGAGCGCCCAAAUGAGCGGCUACCUCAAAUACACCGACACCUCGACCGGCCAAAUGGUCGCAGAGCUGCCAACUCGCCUCGGUGCUCCCACCUCUCUCGCCCAGAAUCCUUGGAAUGCCAUCCUGCAUGUCGGCCACCAGAACGGAACUGUGACACUGUGGUCCCCCAACUCUCAGACGGCUCUCGUGAAGGCGCUUGUCCACCGCGGACCGGUCCGCUCGAUGGCGAUCGACAGACAAGGACGGUACAUGGUGUCCACCGGACAGGACCAGAAGAUGAACGUGUGGGAUAUUCGGAUGUUCCGCGAAGUCCACUCGUACUCCUGCUACCAGCCGGGUGCCUCGGUCUCCAUCAGUGACCGGGGUCUUACGGCCGUCGGUUGGGGCACGCAGGUCAGCGUCUGGCGGGGUCUGUUCGACGCCGCGGCGGCCGACCAAGGCAAGGUGCAGAGCCCGUACAUGGCAUGGGGCGGCGACGGUCAGCGGAUUGAGAACAUGCGCUGGUGUCCGUUCGAGGAUGUUCUGGGCGUUGCGCACAACCAGGGCUUCGCCAGCAUCAUCGUCCCUGGCGCGGGUGAACCCAACUUCGACGCCCUGGAGGCGAACCCGUACGAGAACACGCAGCAGCGCCAGGAGGCGGAGGUGCGCGGCCUGCUCAACAAGCUCAAGCCGGAGAUGAUCUCGCUGGACCCCGACUUCGUCGGAAGACUGAACACGAUCAGCGACAAGAAGAACCGCGAGGAGCGCGAUCUCGACCGCAAACCCGAGGACCCGAUGGAGAAGCUCAAGAACCGCGGCCGCGGCCGCAACAGCGCGCUGCGCAAAUACCUCCGGAAGAAGGGCCGUCGCAACGUCAUCGACGACACCCGCGUCAAGGCGGAGAUGCUACGCAAGGAGCACGCCGCACGACACAAGGAGAAGCUGCGCUCCGAGCGGGAGAAUCUGGGCCCUGCCCUGGGGCGGUUCGCCAAGCGGGAGAUGUGA